UUAUUUUGUAAGUUUAACUGAAUAUUUUAAAUAUAAAGCUUAACCCCCCAGUAUAAUAUAUAAAAUCCAAAUUUACCAUUUUGAAAAGUUUAGUUUAAGACCCUAAAAUAUAAAUUUACUUGACUAAAUUAAAUGUUAUUUUUAUGUAAAUUUAUCAGAUUAAUUUAAAUACUGCAUUUAAGACUGAACAAUAUUAUUUAAAAUACACAUUUGCCGGAUGAAUUAAAUAUUUAGGCCAUGACUGAACAUAUUAUUUAUUAUGUAUAUUUAUUGGACUGGUUUAAAUAUUACAUUAAGAUACACAUAAUAUCAAAUAAUUAUGUUAAAGUGAUAAAUAAUGUAAAUACGCUGGUUAAAACCUGACAGUAUUAAUUACAAUUUUGAUAUUAAGAAUAAAACAUUGACGAUUUUAAAUAUUACAUUUAAGAAAUUACUGGUAAUUACGUAUUAAAUAUGAUUAUGAAAAAAUUUUCACUGUUUCAAUUAAAACAUUACAGUAUUAUUCAUAAUCUAAAUGUACCUGACUAAUUAAAAAAUAAAAGUUCGGAUCCUUCAAUAUUAUGUACAUAAAAAAUUAAAGUACACAAAUUUACUAAAUUAAUUUAUAAAAGGAUGUUAAGAUGCUACAAUAUUACUGAGUAUUACUAAUUAUGUAAAUUCAGUUUACUAAUUUAAUUGCUGAAGUUAAGCAUAAAAAAUGUACACGACUUGUUUAAAAACUGAGGUCAAGAACCAAUAACAUUAUAUUAAAUGCAAAUUUACAAUUAAAUGUUAAGUUUCAGUUUAUUUCAUACGUUUGUGUUUUCUUUACAUAUUCGGGUUAAGACCACAUAACAUUACAUACAGUGCAAAUUUAACUAAUUGAUUUAAAUAUUGAGCCUAUAAUAUUAUUUUAAAAAAUUCUAAUUUGCUACAAUAUUACUGAGUAUCAUUAUCAUUGCAAUUUUAACUUACUAAUUUAAAUACUAAAGUUAAGCAUAAAAACAUAAUAAAUAAUAACAUUGACAUGACAUUUAAAAACCGAGGUUAAGACCUAAUAAUAUUACAUAAAAUGCAAAUGUAUUUAAUACAACUAUUUUAAAUGAAUCAAAUAUUAAGGUUAAGGCCACGUAACAUGUAGCACAAAUGUAGCCAAUUAAUUUAAAUAUUGAGGUUAAGACAAUACAAUUCUAUUUAUUAUGAGUAAUACAAAUAUUAAGGUUCAGACACUGUAUUUUUUAUUUAUUUUAUUUUUGAAAAUUUACAUGAGCAAUUAAAAUAUAAAAUUUGGGAACCCAAAAUAUAAUUAAAAAUGCAGAUUUAACUGACUAAAUUUUUAGGUUAAUUCCCCACAGUGAUAAAAAUAAAAUGGGAAAAAAUAUAAAGGUCAGUAUUAACUAAAAAACAACAACAAGCAAUUAAGGUUAAUCCACCACAAUUUUAUACAUGAUACAAACGCCUAAUGAAACCAAAGAUUCCCUAAAAGCAGCACAUUGGCUACAGCGGAGAAGAAAACUCACUUUUAACCUGCAGCAGAACCAGGCUCAGGGAGGGCAGACGUCUACCUCACCUGGUCGGGGUGAGGGUUAUUGGGAGAAAGCAGAAAAACAGACACAUGGAGCUCCAGAAUUCACAGCAAUAGUGCAAAGAGAUGCACUGGAGAAAAAUCACAGAAUACUCCAGUGUAAAUUGUGCGUUUAUUACCUUGUCUGACAUGCUUUGAGAUCCUUUUAUUCGUCUGUUACAGUAAACUUUAAUGCAGUGAAACAACAAAGCCCAAGCUGCUGGAAGCCCUGUGACAUACUGUCCUGAACAAAGACUGGGAUGGAGCUGCUGGAACUCUCCUGUUUACAGCAGGAGGCUUAUUCAGGGAUUAUUACAGCCCCAGCAGAGUCACUGUGUGCGAGUGUCGGGAGGGGGGGUGGCAGCAUAAAUAAAACAGAGCCGGGGGGUAAACAGGGUGUUUAAUCGGUUGGCGAAGAGUUGAGAAAAUGCCGGAUGCGAGUGGAGGUUAUAAGUAGAGGUGAGCAGGAGGCAGACCUCCUCAGCUGCUGCACGAGUCGGAUCCUAUUUGUUUCGCCUCGCCUUCCACUUCCUCCACACCCACGUCUGAGGCCAUGCACCCCCAGCGACCUCUCCCCCAGGCCAUGCCCUCCUCGUCCCUGGGGCAGCACCUCAGGGACAUGGCCAUGGGGCUGGGACGAGGCAAGAACCUACUGGGAGGAAACUUCGCCUACGGGUUCAUCCAGUCCAUCAAGGAGUGCCUCUACUUCCUCCUCUGCUGCUGGUGUAUUAAGGAGAUCCUGGACUGACACUCUGACAGCAGAUCAAGUGGGAAAGCUUUGGUAUUUCCAUCCUUCUUGGUAAUUCCAACCAGUUUUUAAAAAAAAUCUCAUCAGACAUGAAGUGUUUGAUCAGCGUUGCAGACGGAGCAUCGGCAAGUCUUGUUUUAAAUGAUGCUCAUUUGAAGAUGCAACAGAUGUCCAUUGUGGGUUUUCUGAAUUCGACCCUGAUGAUCUGAGAUUUCCAGGAACUUGGCGCCUCUGAUGUUCACUGUACAACACAGCCUGAUGUGGCAAUGAAUAAAGACAUUAAAUGAA